UGUUAGGGAAAUAUUCAAAUACAUGUCUUAUUAUUUUCAAUGAUCUAUACUUGUAGCAAUAAAAUACUAUCUUUCCUACCCCAAAUGAAAACCACUGACAGUGAACCGUUCGUCUACCUCAGGUCUUACACUGAAUGACCUCUCUCAUCUAAUCGAUGGGACCGAUCAACAUCAAAUGAUCUUAAUCCAAUUUAUAAGUAGGCUUGAAAUAAUAAGUACACAAUAUGCAAAAUGUUGAUUAAGUACUAUGUAAAAAGCCCAAUACAAAUUAGCCCAGUUUGAAUCAGGUCUGCACACUCACAUCUCUCAUCUUGUCGUCUGCCAGUCAGUUAGUUUGUUUCUUCGCCUACAAACUAAAAUAAAAAUAGCAUCUACAAUUGAUAAGCAACCACCAAUAGAGUCAACUUCCGGCCACCGUAGCGCCACCAUGAUGAAUUCAUAUAAUCAACAACAACAACCUAAUAAUAAAAAGAUACAGCGUUCAAUCUUUGAACUUCCGUCUAAUUAUUUCGACUCAUGCCGCCUCCUUGAAUACCCGUCAUUCACAGCAGCUGUUUUUACUGACGAAAAUGGACAUGAAGAAAAAGAAAAAGAGGAAAGUGGUGUUGUUGCUGGUGAAAGAUUGAGCUGCAACACGUGUGGCGUAUUAACUUUUGAUUCCCUUGCUGAUCAACGCUCUCACUUCAAGUCCGAUUUCCAUCGCUUUAACGUAAAGCUCACUGUUGCUGGAAAGGCUACCGUGGACGAGGAGGAUUUUGAUGUAAGGAUAUCUGAUUCGUUGGCUCAGGAUUAUGAUAUAUCUAGUAUAUCAGGUUCAGAAGAAGAAGAUGACCGGGAAUCUAACCUUCGCAGUGAUUUGAAUAAGGGAUUGUUGGGAAGUUCUAAAACGAAGAUUUUUGUACAUUUAGCAAGUGGAGAAAUAACUUCGCUUUGGAAGUGCUUGUUUCUAGAUGACACCAUGAAAAUCCUUUUCGAACAUAAUAAAUCUAUUACCAUGUCAAAUGAUGUUUUCCCAUGCAUAACGGAGAGAGAAAUGACUGAGAAACUGUGUAAUGUGAUCUGUGAACCUAGAGAUAAUACCUGUUUUAGAGUGAUGUUGCUUGCCAGUGCUGGGCAUUUUGCUGGAUGUGUCUUCGAUGGAAACUCUGUCGUAGCACACAAAACGUUCCACAGAUAUGUCAUAAGGGCUAAGGCUGGUAAAAAGCAGUCAUCAAAAGAUGCUAGUGGAAAAAUUGCACACUCUGCAGGAGCUGCAUUACGGCGGUACAAUGAGCUUUCUCUAAAGAGGGAUAUUCGAGAAUUACUUGCUGCCUGGAAGCCUUACUUUAUGUCCUCCUCCUGUGUCUUUAUUCAUGCUCCCUCUGACAACCGACAAUUGCUAUUCGACGGUGAAAGUCCCUAUUUUAGUUGCCAGAAAGGGGCUAUCAGACGUAUCCCUUUGAUUGUUUCUAGGCCUACAUUCAAGGAAGCUAAACGACUAUACAACAUAUUGACGCAAAUUUCCAUAGAACAACUUGAAGAAGUAGUGCCUAUAAAUAAAGAAGAUUCUAUAAUUACACAUGAGGACUUGCCUGGUUCUAGCAAAAAGAAUUUGGGAAACAGUUCGAAUAGGAAAGAAAUUGUCGAAGCUAACCUUAUUGAUGGCCUGGAAGAUUUGUUUGUAUCUAGUGAUAAGGAUAGCAUGGUAGUUGUUCUAUCGACACCUCUACAUGAAGCAGCAAAGGCCGGAAAUGUAGAAGAAGUUGUGGAACUACUAGAACAAGGCUCAGAUCCUUGUGUUGUUGAUGAAAGGGGGAGGACCCCUUAUAUGCUUGCAACUGAAAAAGAAGUUAGAAACACAUUUAGACGGUUUAUGGCUUUGAAUAUGGAUAAGUGGGACUGGCAAGUGGCUAAAGUACCCAGUCCUUUGACGAAAGAAAUGGAGGAAUCUCAGAACGCUAAACAGGCAGAGAAAGAUGCUAAAAGGAAAGCAAGAGCAAAAGAGCUGAAAAAGCUGCGGAAAGCGAAAGAAAAGAAGGCUGAGGCGGAAGCUGCUCAAUCACAAAAGUUAACUCAAUCACAAUCUAUCAGGCCACAGUUGUCUAGAGAGGAAGAACUAAAACGAGCACAAGAUGAAGAGAGGGAGAAGAGAGCGGCCGCAGCGGAGAGGAGAAUAGCAGCCCUCCAGUCCUCGACUUCAGGAACCUCACAGCCGAAUAUAGCAGCAUCGUCGGAUACCGUUUGUUCGUGUUGUCAAGUGUCGUUGGUAGGUAAAGUCCCAUUUCAUAGGUACAAUUAUAAAUACUGCACCACAUCAUGCAUGCGUGUUCACAGAGAGAUCCUCGAGGACGAAUAACUGAUUAAUGAUGUUCUCCAAUUUUGGCGCCUUCUGUUAUAUAUCUUUUUGAUGAUUUAAUCAUAGCAAUACAUGUCCUCUACUUGUUAUGAAUGAAAUUUUCUUCGGUCAAA